UAGUGCUUCAUCCUAGCCACCUCAUACAAUAAUCCAUAUUUAAUCCUUAUCAUCAUCAUUACAUAAUUAUUAAUAUCUUUUGACCGAAAUUACCUUAAUUUGUCAGUUUCAACCUCUAAUCAAUCUUAAUUACUGUUUUUAAAAAAAUUACAAAAACAAAACACUCUCUUUAUUCAUUGCAUUCAGUUUGAGAAUCUCAAUUUGAAAGAAACAGCAAAAAUGUUGGCAGUUUUCUCAAAAUCUGUUGCCAAAAGUCCAGAGGGUUUACAGAGUCCAGAAUCAAACUCAGUUUCAUCACUCAAAGAUGCUUUUUUAGCUCAACAUUUUGAGUCUCUUAACCCUUCUUCUGUUACCCUUAAUCUUGCUUCUUCUGCUCUCUUAGCUUAUUCUCUUCACAAAAACAACCCUUUACUCCCAAGGCUGUUUGCGGUUGUGGAUGACAUCUUCUGCUUGUUUCAAGGCCACAUUGAUAAUGUUGCUAAUCUUAAACAACAAUAUGGAUUGAACAAAACAGCUAAUGAGGUGACCAUUAUCAUAGAGGCUUACAGGACUCUGAGAGAUCGUGGUCCCUAUCCUGCUGAUCAAGUUGUGAGAGAUUUCCAAGGCAAAUUUGCAUUUAUCCUGUUUGAUAGCAGUUCGCAAACCGCGUUUGUUGCUUCUGAUGUCGACGGAAGUGUUCCCUUCUUCUGGGGAAUUGAUGCUGAUGAAAAUCUAGUUCUUUCAGACGACACCGAGAUUGUUAGUAAGAGCUGUGGCAAAUCUUAUGCACCAUUCCCAAAAGGAUGCUUUUUUACAACAUCUGGAGGUUUGAGGAGUUUCGAGCAUCCACUUCACGAGUUGAAGCCGGUACCAAGAAUUGAUAGCUCUGGUGAGGUGUGUGGUUCAACAUUCAAAGUGGAUGCUGAUACUAAGAAGGAAGCAACUGGCAUGCCAAGAGUUGGUAGUGCUGCUAAUUGGUCUUCUAAUUACUGAUUUUGUAAACUCUAUUUUGUUUGAACUACUACAACAUCAUUUGUUCCUGUUAUAAUCUGGUGAGGCUAACAAUCACAUUGAGAUGAUACUUUCUUGGCACAUAUGAUGUAAUAAUAUCGACUUUCGCUCUUGGAUCGGAUACCGAGUUUUAAACAAAAAUAUCGAUUUUCAGUGUUUUUUUUUCCUUUCUUUCUGAAA